AUGGUUCGGACCCCGAAGCACCACUUCACGUGCGAAGGUCUGGACGUUUGUAUCAAUUUGGAAAGGCAAUGCGACGGCAUCUACCAUUGCCCGGAUGCCUCGGAUGAAGCGAGUUGUUCGGUUUGUUCGGUUUCUUCUUUUAAAUGCCCGGGUGCGGACGUGUGUAUCUCUCAAGAGAAACAAUGUGACUAUCAUUCCGAUUGCCCGGACGGUUCGGAUGAAGACAAUUGCCAGGAAUGUUCUGAUUCUGCCAACACAUUGAAGUGCGGAAUCGGUGGCGCCUGUUUCGAACUUUGGCAGCAGUGUGACGGUUACACUGAUUGCCCCAACGGUUUGGAUGAGCAAAACUGCGACUUUCCUGUCUGUCCUCUGGGUAUGAUGGACUGCGAGGACGGUUUUCCUUUUCCUUGCCUACACGAGGCCCUCAUGGCAAAAUGCGACUUAAGUGACUGCCAAGGGGCCUUCAGCGCGAUAGCUAUGAACUGCAUCUCAGCUGUUAGCCACGUGCAUGGCUGGGACUUCAGGGAAUGCUUUUCAACGGAGUUCAAAUGCGAAGUAACGUCCAUCUGCGUGCCCUUGUCCCGGGUAUGUGAUGGCGUAAACGACUGUGGGGACGUGUCAGACGAGUCCUGUGGUGUUCAAAGGGUGGACGAGGGGUGGCUGUGCGUUCCCGGGUGGUUCAAAUGUAAGAGCAGCACUUGCAUCCCAGGGGAAGGUCGCUGCGACGGCAUCAGGGACUGUGACGACGACUCAGAUGAAAGUGGAUGCGAGUGUACCAGUGUAGAGUUCAAAUGUGAAAGCGACCAUAAAUGUGUGGAACCAUCUCAAGUGUGCGAUAGCUAUAACAACUGUGAUGAUGAGACGGACGAGUUGCUGUGUAAGACCUGUUCAGAGAAGGACCUGUUUGAGUGUGGCAUUGGAGAAUGUAUUGACAAGACGUCAGUGUGUGAUGGAGACAAGGACUGCUUUUCUGGGAUAGAUGAAGAAAACUGCCAGAAACUGAUCGGUUUCCAGUGGUUUGAGUGUGACGGAAUGAAGUUUUCCUACAACCGCUUCUGCGACGGUUUUGCUGAUUGUUUGGAUUGGGACGCAAAGGAUGAGAUGAACUGUGCAACUAGAGGUUGGCUGGAAAGAUCCACCUCCUGGGUGAUCGAUGCGACAAGUCCAUUCAGUCCCGGGUACGAUGCGUACAACGUUCUUGAUGGUAUAAUCUAUAUUUGGUACCCAGUCGAGUCUGGCCCAUGGUACAUCAUCUUUGACCUUCUGGUACCCUACAAGCUUAACAAAAUCAGCAUAGCUACCGAGGGAGGCAUCUCUGCAUUCAAGUUUCAAAGGUCGGCCUCUUCUAUCCGGUACGAAUGGGAAGAUGUGAAGGUUGUAACCGGUGCGAUGACCACCACCAUCCCGCAGGAGUUUGGGGGAUUCUCGGCCACCAGUCGAUUCUGGAAACUGGUCAUCACAGCGACUGGCCCCGAAAACUGGCAGCCAUGGCUAGACGAAGUUAUGUUUUUUGGACAACGAGUCGUGUGUGGGAAAGAUCAGUUCUCCUGCGCAGAUGGCACCUGCUUGAUGGAUACUUUACUAUGCAACAACCAGAGUGACUGUAGUAAAGGGGAGGACGAAGAAGGCUGUAAAGGGAACUGUAAUAGUUUGCAGUUAGAGUGUGACGACAGAUGUUUGCCACGGUACCAUGUCUGUGACGGGGUGGAGAACUGUUCGAACGGAAUAGACGAGAAUAAUUGUGUAUCAGGAGGGUGCGGUGCUAAAGAGUUCCGAUGUUCCAAUGGUGCCUGUGUGAUGGAGUCCCAGCUGUGUAACGGCCAGCUAGACUGUCGCGAAGGGGAGGACGAAGAUGACUGUGGGGAUCCCCCACCUCCUGGCCACCCUCUAGGUUUGGAGAGUCGGUACAUCCCCGAUGCUUUUAUCACUUCCAGUUCCGAGUACAAGACGGAGUUUGCAUCAUUCCAAGCCCGGUACACUCCGGCAUCUACAACAGGAUACUGCUGGGUGCCACGGUCUGUGGAGGAACAGUGGCUUCAGGUUUACCUUGGCAAGACUACUGACGUCACAGGCGUGGCGAUCAGUGGAGGUGGCUCGAACUGGGACCUGGGCAGCUGGGUGACGUCAUUCACUCUGGCAUUUAGCAUGGAUGGCGCCUCGUGGACACCAUACAAAGGAAACAGCAGCAGCGUGAUGAUUUUUCCAGGAAACAGGGACCGGUACAACAAAGUGAGCCGCCCAUUCCCGGAACCAGUGACGUCACGCUACAUCCGGCUGUACCCAACAGGUUAUGAAGGCUGGAUCGCCCUGGUGAUGGAGGUGUACGUUACAAACGACGAAGACACUUGGCUGAGCCAAGAGGGGUACUUUCCCCUAGGAGUGGGGAUUGACCCCAACAAUUCAGGCGUAGCUGCAAAGAUCCCACACCACGCCCUGCGUGCCUCAUCGCGAGCUGACGACUUCUACCCCCGCCAGGCACGUCUGAACAACGGGGAGGGACUUCAGCAGGGGGCGUGCUGGUCCCCGGGUCUGAAUACAGACCAGUGGCUACAGAUCCAACAUGACAAGAUAUACAAAGUGAUGGGCGUCAUUACCCAGGGUGCUUACAACCUGGACCACUGGGUGACGUCAUACAAACUGGCGUUUCGAAACCGGCUGGAUGUCCCGACCUGGACUACUUACACAAACAGUGAUGGCGACGAUGGCGGAAUGGUUUUCCAAGGAAACACAGACAGCCAUCGCUAUGUGAGAAACAUGUUGGACAGUCCAGUUGAUGCGCUCUUCACCCGUUUCUACCCUAUGACAUUCCACAAGCAAAUCGCCAUGAGGGUUGAGAUUCUUGUGACUGACACCGUUGAAAUCAACAGCCAGUUCAGUCGGUGCUCGGAUGAUGCCAGUUCCGUACCUGAGGUAUUUCAUUCCAGUCAGGCCUGUGACGGGAGGGUCGACUGUUCAACAGGCAAGGACGAGGCCAACUGUGAUGAGUGUGCUAUGGAAUGUACGACCGGUUCAGAUGACCCAUGCAUUCCGCAUGGAUGGAUUUGUGACGGAUUUAAGGACUGUUUGGAUCGGAAAGACGAACAGAGGUGUUUCCAAGUUGAAGAGGUUCUGCAUGACAAGUGGGGCUCCUGCAGCUACGACUGCCCGUCUGUCUACGGUAACGCGUUCUGCGUUCCAGACGUGUUUAACUGUGACGGCAAUGCGGACUGUUUGGAGGGAGAGGACGAACAGAGAUGCGACGGCUUCACAUCGGCGCCAGCCAAUGAAGAGGCUACUAGUAUUAAAAUUGUGUACAAGCAGAGGAUGAACAGGGGUGUGCCCAUAACAUGGGAGGUAACAGUCGUCAAGAACCAACCGAGGAACCGACCGGUGGUCAAGAGCCAGGGGGAGGUCAUGAUGGGGGUCAAGAACGAACUGGAGGACUUUCGGAUGGUCAAGAACGUGGCGAAGGACCUACGAGUGGUCAAGAACCUAGCGGUCAGCCUAUCUUUGGGAACGGGCCAACAACAGAAGCAACCAGAGGCCAAGAUGCAGAGCCUGACGUACAGAGUCAUGGACGCAAGGACCAAGCCAUGUUUUGGAUGA